CUACAUCAUCAGACAACAACAGACUCUGAGGUUGGACAAAGACGUGCAAGACAGAGGGGAAAAAGCUCACCGCACCGUCAACAGCAGUUGGGACAAAAUCCCGAGGACAGUUAUCACUAUUGAACGAUUGAGGACUGGUCGUGUACAGUAUUUGUACAAUCUCCUGCAUUCCUACAGAGGUGGGUCAAGAAGUGCAAGACAGAGAGGAAAAAGUGACACCGCCGUCCACAGCAGUUGGGUCAAAACUACUGAGGACAAUUAUUACGAUUGAAUCUGAGAGGUCAUAUACAUUAUUGUACAAUCUCCUACAUUCUUAAAGAGGUUGGGCGAAGACUUGCAAGAAGAGAAAUUGUCGACAGCAGUUGUGCCAAAACUCCUGAGGACAAUUACCACGAUUGAACGAUUGAACUACCAACACCAUGGGCGAGGGACAAGCAUCCUGGAGGCAGAUAUUGCCAGUUUUCAUCAUCUUCCUGAUAUUCCUGUUUGCCGGAGCCGGGAUCUUUAAGGGAUUGGAAGAAUAUUUCUACGAUCCUGAAGACCCGCCACCAAGAAGACGAAAGGUGGACGAGAUCAUUCACGAAUUUGUCAACAACGUCACGUUUAAUGGAGCUCCGACCAGCGAGGAAGUACACAAUUUGGUGAAGCAGGUUGAAAUUGCGAAGCACGGAAGAGUCCUCGAGCAAGUGUCGUAUCACAAUGAUACAUUGUACAACCUGGACUACAUGGAGUCCUGGUAUUUCUGCAUGACGAUUGUUACCACCAUCGGAUAUGGACAUAUGGGGCCUUUGACAGAUGCCGGAAAGAUCUUCUGCUGCGUCUAUGCAUUUAUUGGCAUCCCCAUCUGCUUGAUCCUACUGGCACUUGUUGGUGGACAACUGGGCGAUGCUAACAGAUGGAUGGACAAGCGUGUGAAGGAGGCACUGUCCAAGAAGAUAAAGAACCCAGGGUUCAUCAGCAUCGUGGGGAUUCUUGUGUCCCUUAUCGUGAUGCUGAGUGUUUUCUUCUUCAUCCCUGCUCUCAUCUUCACUUUAGUUGAAGAAGACUGGACCUACCUAGAGGCCCUGUAUUACUGUUUCAUCACCCUGAGCACUGUUGGGUUUGGAGACUUUGUCGCUGCUCUACCUUCAAAGACACAGACCUAUCUUAUCAACACUAUCUACAAGUUUGUAGUGUUCCUGUGGAUCAUGGUUGGUCUGACCUUCCUGGCCGGUGCCCUUGACCUCAUGGUCACCAAACUGAAGGAGCUAGGGUCAAGGGUCAAGGACAUCCCAAGCAUAGACAUAGAUGGGGUCAACAUGGACAUGCCGAACAUGAAAGGCUUCAAGUCCAAGAAGGGCCAAGACAUCAAGCCCAAGGAGGUGGCCGAGUGGGGGAAGACAGGAAGGUACAACGGAGGGUUUGACACUCCUCUAUGAUGCGGUUACAGAUGUUAGAGAGAGGAGGCUCCAUAUACAUGUACUGUAAAACUAUGCAAGGAUCGUUCUCA